GAAGAAGACGGCAGUGGAACCAGGAAGAAGGGGCUUAUUUUAACCUGAACAGGCUCAGAACCGCCAAAGAACCGUCAGAGCGUUACUUUCUGUAAUUGUCAGGCAUCGUGUUCGUGUCGAGAUGGAAGAAACACUCUUUCAGCUGAGGUUUACAUCGAAGCAGCUUGAGAGACUGGCAAAGAAGGCAGAAAAGGAAUCAGAAAAGGAGCAGGCCAAAGUCAAGAAGGUGAGGAUUAGAAGCCGGUUUGAUGCUCAUUGUAGUUCAGGACGAUCCAGAUUUUAUUCUGCUUACUUAUUCUCUUUCUGCAUUUGUAUUGUCACAUCUCUAUGUUGGAUGAAACAUGCUGGAAAGGCUUGAGAUGAUGGAUCAACAAAUAACAAACAGACGAGAACAAAAUGACUUGAUCCAAUUUUGGGUUGGAAUAUUUCUAAUCGGCAGAAUUUG